AUGUCGUCUUCGCAAGGGCCAAGACUGGCUGGCAAGGUUGCGGUCAUCACUGGAGGUGGCCAUGGAUUCGGUGAGGCAAUUGCUCGCAGAUUCGCACUGGAGGGCGCCAAGGUUCUCAUUUCGGACAUCAACGAGGCCGACGGACAGAGGGUAGCAAGCGACGCGACCGACGCGAUAUCCUUCUGCAAGGCAAACGUCACGGAUGCCGGGGAGUGGGAGAAGUUGUUGGACACCGCGCAGGAACGAUACGGACGUAUCGACAUCUUGAUCAACAAUGCAGGCACCACUUACAAAAAUAAGCCAACGGCAGAGGUGACCGAGGCCGAAUUCGACAGGGUUUUCAACGUCAACGUCAAGGGCAUCUUCCUGGGUACGAAUGCCCUGAUGCCCCGACUUAUCAAGCAGGGAAGUGGCGGCGUCAUGCUCAACAUCUCUUCAAUUGGGUCGGUCAGACCUCGACCUGGAUUGGUGUGGUAUAAUGCUUCCAAGGGCGCGGUUUCAAACGCCACGAAAGGACUUGCUGCCGAGUACGGCCCUCAUCAAAUCCGCGUCAAUUCCAUUUGCCCUCUUCUGAGCGGCACUGGAUUGUUCGAGCACUUCGCCGCGAUGCCGGAUACACCGGAGAAUAGGAAGAACUUUAUUGGCAACGUCCCACUAGGGCGUCUAUGCGAAUCUGAAGACGUCGCCAACACCUGCUUAUUCCUGGCUUCUGAUGAAGGCAAGUUCAUCACUGGCAUUAACAUGGAAGUUGAUGGAGGCAGGGCCGUUUAA